AUGUUUGGCCUUUUUGAAAGCCACACCAAUGACGAGAAUACCGGCGAUGAACUUGAGGAUGAGACACGAGGUGCAGUGCCUCAGGAGGAACCACCUAGAAUAGGAAUUCUUCCAGACGAAGUGGAGCGCCAGUGCACAGAUGUGCGGUUCUUGCUCUUCACGAUUCUGGUGUUCUCAGGGGUUGGUUGGUUGAGCUGCAGUUAUGUCCACAAGGCAGACUUGAGAAGGCUCACUCAAGGGUACAGCUUUCACAAACUAUUGUGCACGACCAGGAAGGUCGAUGACCCACACGACCUGCUAAAGGUUCCGCCAACUUCCUACACCUUCUGGUGUUUGAACUCCACAGGCAAUGGCUUGGAUUUGGAGUACCCUCAAUGUCUUCAAGAAUGCCCUAUCUCUGCCAUGCAAAAGAUCAAUUGUGGUCCGGGCGGUGCUCAUCCUCGCGAGGCUUAUCCGAGCACACCUUUUGGUGUUUUCUGUAUGCCAUUGGAUGGGAAACUUCAUGCGCAGGUCACUCAUUCAUUUUCUUCAAUGAGAGGGGCACUUCUGAGGUUCAUGAGCACAAUUUACGGGAAUUGGUACAUUUUUCUUGCAGCUGCCAUUCUAGCUACCCUGAUCGGGUAUUUGUACAUUGUUGGACUUUUUCUUGAUGCGAAAACCGUGGUAAACGCCACCUUCAACCUCAUCACAUUCCUGCCACUUGGCACUGGCAUCUACUUGCUGCUGGUCGCUCUACAACCAGGGAGUGCUUUGGAUGUCUACUCCUACAUUAACAUGGAUGAGAGCGACCAGCGGCAGCAGAAAAUUCUGGCAGGCAGCACUUUGCUCACCCUGGGCCUUGGCAUGUGGUGCAUAACCUCGGCGUACAAAGAGACGAUCAAGAAAGCUUCUGACUGCCUGGAAGCUGCCGGCGACUGCGUGACCGAGGAAUGGAGUAUUCUGGUGGCGCCGCUGGGUGCCAUCGCUGCUGAGAUGGUCAUCUGCGCCGUGGGGUACUAUAUCGUAGCCUGUGUGGCUGCAGUUCUCAAGGCAGAUGACAUAAUCAAGUUGCCUGAAGCUGAUGAUCCUGUUACUGCGCGGAGAAUUGGAAUUCCUUGGAAACCCCAGGAAAUAGCCCAAGUCUUCGGCGUAGUUGUGAUAAUGAUCUGGGCAGUUCAGAUCGUUCUCGGAGCAACGAAAUGUGCCAUGGCAUACGUCACUGAAAUCUGGUAUUUCACCCCGCCAGCAAAUGAAGAUGGGUCCAGAGAGAGGGAGGAGUACUGCGUUUUGAUAAAGGCCUAUUGCCAGCUAGUGCGGUAUCAUAUUGGCACCAUCUCCUUUGGUGCAUUUCUGUCGGUUGUUGGAGGCCUUCCAGCGUAUGUAAUUGGCUGGCUACAAGUAUUUAAGAUGUGCAGGUGCAGCCAUUGCCUCAGAGCCUCAAAGUUCAGGGCAUUAACCUGA